UGAUAAUUGAGCGAAUGUUCAGCCUCGUCCGGGAGCUUCAAAUCAACAAACAUCUCACAAUCCACCGUUACAGGUUUGCUGACUGUCGAAAGAGUCACAGCCGAGUCCCCCCUGAGGCCAAAGGAAGGGUCUCUUAUUAUCAGACACGAGGUUGUUUCAUCGUCAAAUGAGUCACAUGUGCCAGCAUUGAAUUUGAGUCUUUAGCCCACCACAACUCAUACACCCUUUGUACACGGUUCAUUAAGCACAAGAUGUCGCUUCCUCCAGUUUACAUUGACGAGGACGUUGGUCACGAUGACGACUCCGCGGUUGGCACCGAGGGCACACCCUACAAGACUCUCGUUCAUGCUAUGAUCAAACACCCACCGACCACGGCAUCAUACCUGACUCGAAAAUCCAAAACCGGAGCUGUCGGUGAGGAUGGAGAUGAGAAUGCACGACUUGAAUGGAAGGCACCCACCAAAUCUGCCAUGAAGAAGGCAACAAGUCUUUUCGAGAACCACAAGAAGAAGCAAGCCAAAGCCGCCGAACUUGCCAUUCGUGACAAUGCCGAAGCAGUCAAACGCCAACAGAUCCUCGAAGAGGCCAAGAAGAUCACCAUUAAAGAAGAUGCCAACCUUCCCAAACCAGUCCGCAUUCGCCUCGACGACACUGACGAGUCCAAACUCAAGCUCGGCACCGCUGACAGCAAGGGCACUCGCAUCCGUGUGCUAGGCCGUGUCCACCAUCUCCGCUCGCAGAAGGAUGUCAUGUUCGUCACGCUGAAAGACGGGUAUGGUCAAAUGCAGUGCGUCUUCACCGGCGACCUGAUCCGCACGUACGCCGCCUUGACCCUCACUCUCGAAACGUCGCUAGCCAUCCACGGUGAGCUACGCGCCCUCCCCCCAAACGCCCACGCCCCUCUCAACCGGGAACUCCAUGCCGACUUCUUCACUGUGAUCGGCGCCGCCGUCGGCGAGAAAGAAGCCAUCACCAACAAGGUCCAAGCCGACGGCGACGCCCAGACGCUCCUUGACAACCGCCACCUCGUGCUCCGCGGCGACAACGCCUCGGCCAUCAUGAAAGUCCGCGCUGCCGUGACCCGCGCCUUCCGCCAGGCCUUCCAAGAAGACCGCAUCACCGAGGUGACACCACCGUCCAUGGUGCAGACCCAAGUCGAGGGCGGUGCGACCCUUUUCGAAUUCGACUACUACGGCGAGCCGGCCUACCUGACCCAAUCGUCGCAGCUCUACCUCGAAACCUGCAUACCUUCCCUGGGCGACGUUUUCUGUAUCUGCCCGUCGUUCCGCGCCGAAAAGUCCCUCACCCGCCGCCACCUGUCGGAGUACAUGCACAUCGAGGGCGAGCUGGACUUCAUCACGUUCGACGACCUUCUCAACCACCUCGAGCACCUGAUCUGCCGGGUCAUCGAGAUCACGCUGGCCGACCCGAUCAUCGCGGCUUACGUGCGCGACUUGAACCCCAACUUCAGCCCGCCGUCGCGGCCGUUCCGCCGCAUGAAGUACGCCGAGGCCAUCGACUGGCUCGUCCAGCGCGGCAUCCCCAACGAAGAAGGGGAGCCGCACAAGUUCGGCGACGACAUCGCCGAGGCCGCCGAGCGGAAAAUGACCGACGAACUCAACGUGCCCAUCUUCCUCACCCACUUCCCCGUCGAGAUCAAGGCGUUUUACAUGAAGAAGGACCCCGCCGACCUCCGAGUCACCGAGAGCGUCGACGUGCUGAUGCCAGGCGUCGGCGAGAUCGUGGGUGGUAGUAUGCGCGAAGACAGCUACGAAGAACUCAUGGCCGCCUACAAGCGCGUCGGCAUCGACCCUACCCCGUAUUAUUGGUAUACGGAUCAAAGACGAUACGGCACGUCACCACACGGUGGCUACGGACUUGGUCUCGAGCGAUUCUUGGCUUGGAUGUGUGGUCGUUGGACCGUGAGGGAGUGUGCUCUGUAUCCUCGCUUCGCGUACCGGUGUACACCGUGAUCUAACUUCAAAGAUGGUUGAUGCGUCAUCUAGAGAGAAGCAAAUAUGGAAUCAAGAAACAGAAACCGAGGUUAUGAGGAGCAGUUGGACACAUGUGUUGUCGGAUGCAGUGGUGUGUGGGCUGAGACCAAGAAGGGGAUGGCCGGUCGAUGCAUCACGCGGACUCGUGGCGUUGAAAUGAGAAAUAUGAAAUCGGAGAGACUAGACCAGAUAGAUUUACGCAUCAGAACAAUUGGCCUCCCAAGUAAAACGCCCGCGAGACGACAGUCUAC